AUGUCUCCCGAUUUUAUUAACUUCCGUCAAUACGGAAAUUUUGUGUUUGGGUUUGUUCACAUUCUAAUCAAUUUGUUAUCAACUGCAAGUCAUGUUUUGGAAUCCUUUAUGUUUUUUUUGAUGGGAUGGUAUGAUUUGUAUAUGUACACACCAUUACAAGUUCAUCUAUCACCUCACAUAGCUAAAAUACCUCGAUUUAUUCGUAUUGGUAAAAUCACUAUAACAAUAUUUAAUGCUAAUAUUGUUACUUAUUCUCGAACAUUCCUGAUUAUACCCAUUGCAUGGCUUCUCAAAUAUGAUCAUAAUAUAUGGGCAUGUCUAUUAGUAAUUAUACAUGAUUUUCUCGAUCAUGUUGAUGGCAUUGUCGCUAAAACACAAAAACGAAUCUAUGGUGAAAUUGAUGACCCAUUAUUGGGUGGUUUCAUGGACGCAUUUUGUGAUAAAAUUGUCAAUAUAUUCUGUUUAUGGUCAAUAUUGCAAGAAACAGAUUUUUCACAAACAUCUUAUUUACAAACAAUAGCAUUCAUUUGUUUAUGUUACACAAUAAUUGGACUAGAAACAGCAAUUGGUAUUGUUCGUGUACAAGAUUAUUUUCAUGCAUCGAUAAAUAAUCAUAAACCGAUAUCAGGAAUACAUGCAACAGCAUCAGCAAUGGAAGGAAAAUUGAAGGAGAAAUUAGAAUCGAUGGGAUUAGCUUUCUUGUGUUUAUCAACAGGACAUUCUCUACCAUUCAGUCAUUGGUUUCGAUUAGCUUAUGCAAGUUUAGCUCAGAAACUUCGAGCAAGAAAGAAAAUAGAAAUUACAGUUACUAAAUCAGAGCCAGCACCGUUUCAACGUUCAAUUGGUAUUAUUAAUGGAACAAAAUGGAGUACAGAAACAGUAGCUCGUGGAAGAGCAAUGACAUUAGGUUCAGCGAUGAGAGAGCCAAAGCGUCAAACAACACCUCCAAGCACUAGUCCCAGUGGCAGCAUUACAAAUAUUAACGUGAACAGUAACAACAACAAUAACAAUACAAACAAUCCCUUUAUGAAUGGAAAAUCACCAGAAAAACCUCGAUCUAAAUCGCCAACUAUUCAGCAAAUAAAAGAAGAAGAUGAAGAAAUAAGUGAUGAAGACAUCAGGGAGCGUACGAUGACCCGCAGUGCAUCGUUGCCAGCAAUUUGGAUUGAUGGACGAGCUGAUAAAGUAUAUACAAUUGGGUGUUUCGAUUUAUUUCAUGAAGGUCAUCGAUUAUUAUUGUUACGUAUGAGACAAUUUGGUCGUGAAGUCAUUGUUGGUGUUCAUGAUAGUCGCAGUAUUUAUAAAUUGAAACAACGUGUGCCUGUUGAUGGUACUGAAAGACGAAUGUUAAAUGUUAAACAACAUGCUGACCAAGUUUAUUGUGUAUCGGCGACAGAUCCCAGUGCAUUUGUCACGUGUAUUGUUCAUUUAAAAGAGGAUGAAUCGGCGUUAUACGUACGUGGUGAUGAUAUGGCCGAUUUUCCAUCAAGACAUGUUGUAGAAGAACUGAUGCCGGUGAGAUUUUUACCUUACACACAUGGUGUGUCAAGUACAAAACUAAGACAAGAACUCUAUUCACAUAUAAAUUCGGAUGAUCUCGACCAUUUGGAAAAGGUUAAUUGA